ACUGUAUGAAUUGUAGAGUAACAUAUAUCUUCCUAUUUAUGCAAGCUUCAAUAUUACCACAUAGAGAAAAGGAAACUCAGUAUUGAUAAGUGUAAUCUCUACAUUUCUGAAUCCAUUUACGAGUGGCUUGAACUUUGCUCACUACAGUCUCCCGUCAUCAGGGUCAGGCAGGUCGAUGGGAUGUAUACUUAAAAAACACCCACAGCCUUAGAAGUUGUCCUAGCUGAGGAGCGACAGGUGGAUACAGCAGUGUUGUUAGUGGACAAGAGAAGAGAAGAGCAGGUCAGGAUGGCUGGAAAGAGACGAGGACGAGGAGGCAAUGGCCAUCAACAGGCCCCACAAAGCCAAAGAGGACGCCCUCAAAGGGCUCUGCGGGAGCCGGCUGCUUUUGCCAAGUCUACGGGUUUUGAAUCAGAUAUCCAACAUGAAAAGCUGACGAUUGCCCAGGCACGGAGGGGCACACCAGCUCAUCGUCCUGUGCGAGUCUACGCUGAUGGGAUCUUUGAUCUUUUCCAUUCGGGGCAUGCUCGAGCUCUGAUGCAGGCCAAAAAUGUUUUCCCCAACACAUACCUGAUAGUAGGAGUCUGCAGUGAUGAACUCACCCACAAGUUUAAGGGCUAUACAGUGAUGACAGAGGAGGAACGCUAUGAUGCCCUGACGCACUGCCGUUAUGUUGACGAGGUGGUGCGGGACGCUCCCUGGACCCUUACCACAGAGUUCCUCCAGAAACAUAAGAUCGACUUUGUGGCCCAUGAUGAUAUCCCUUACACCUCUGCUGGAUCAGAGGAUGUUUAUAAACACAUCAAGGAAGCAGGAAUGUUUGUGGCCACUCAGAGGACGGAGGGCAUCUCCACAUCAGAUCUGAUCACUCGUAUCGUCCGAGACUACGACAUCUAUGUCCGACGCAACCUGCAAAGAGGAUACACGGCCCAAGAGCUCAAUGUCGGAUUCAUUAGAGAGAAAAAAAUUAGGCUCCAAGACAAGGUGGACAAGAUGAAAGAGACAGUCCGUACGGUGGAGGAAAAGUCCAAACACUUUGUCUAUAGAGUGGAGGAGAAGAGCCAAGACCUCAUCCACAAGUGGGAAGAGAAGUCGAGAGAAUUCAUCAGCAACUUCCUUGAGCUUUUUGGACCAGAUGGAGCUUGGCAUGCAUUUCAGGAGCGGAGUGGGCGAAUGCUCCAAGCUCUGUCUCCCUACUCUUCACCUCGUGGCUCCCCCAGCAGCAGUCCCACCAGACGUCGCUCCAUGUCUCCUGACUCUUCCCCCGCCUCCACCUCUCCCUGCUCUAUCUCCCCUCCAUCCUCUCCAUCCUCUCCAUCCUCCCCCUCCUCACCAAAAAAGGGGACACGUUCCUCUCGAAAGUCUCGCUCCACACACAGUCGGCAUGUGAAAUGAGCUCAUCAUGCUUUCGUUGUUUCUUUGGUCCUCAUAUAAGUUAUUAAUCUGGUACAUAAUAUAUCUAAAGAGGCUAUUAACUAAAAUAAACAACUAAAAAAUGAAAUGGUUUAAUUUAUUAGUGUAUUCAAGUGCAAUAUAUCAUAAUGUUUCUCAUGUUUCUUUGCUGAAAAGUAAAGGA